AUGAAGGCGACGGUCGCUCCUCUGGUGGCCUCGUUGGCGCUGCUCGGCCCAGCCCACGGCGCGGGCAUCUCAGCGUCAUCGCGAGUCCCCUCGAUUAGCAGCCACAACGCCAACACGGCCGUCUUCCCAUUCCUGACGAAGCUCCGCGAUAGUGCCAUUGAGUUCAUCUUUGGCCGUCACCCGUCCAAGGCUGCCCAGCCGUCUCCUCCCAGCUACUCGCAGUCUCGAUACGUCAAUGAGCUGGUCUUACGAUUCAAUGUGUCGACUGCCGUUGAAGAGGCCGCUCUCGCCGAGGCGGCUUCUCGUCUCUUCCUGGAUGUAUGGGCCUUUACCGAUCAGUUUGUCGACAUUCGACUUCAUGUCGACGAAGUUGGCCCGCUGCUCGGCCUCCUGCCUCGAUCUCUCCAGCUAUCUCAAUCGACGCUGAUCCCCGACCUGGCCGCCGCGGUCUAUCAGUCGAUGCCUUCAUCCAAGGACACCACCAUGGCUUCGGAUAGAAUGACAUGGGCACUGGCAGAGCCCCUGAGGCCUGCCGAUAAUCUCUUCUUCCAGGACUACCAGCCGCUACCCGUCAUCAUCCGCUGGAUGCGCCUUUUGGAAGCAAUGUUUCCGUCAUAUGUCAAGUACAUCACGAUUGGAAAGUCGUUUGAAGGGCGAGAGAUACCUGGUCUCCGCGUGGGAGUGCCGCAGCUCGCCGAUCCUAGCAAGCCGCGAAAGAUGAUUGUCGUCACAGGCGGACUCCACGCCCGCGAGUGGAUUUCAACCAGCACUGUCAACUAUGUGGCAUGGUCAUUCAUCACCUCAUUCGGCAAAGAGCCAAUGAUUACAAAGUUCCUCAACCACUUUGACAUUGUCUUUAUUCCAGCGGUCAACCCUGAUGGCGUGGAAUACAGCUGGCAGGUCGACCGUCUAUGGCGCAAAAGCCGGCAGCAAACCAACCUGCGAUUCUGUCGAGGCAUGGACUUGGAUCACACAUUUAGCUUUGGCUGGGAUAGUGCCGAGGCUCAAAGCGACCCAUGCUCGGAGAGCUACGGCGGAGACAAGCCCUUCCAGGCUGUGGAGUCUGCUGAGCUCGCAAACUGGGCUGUGAACCAGACUGAGAAUAAUAACGUUAAGUUUGUGGGUUUGCUAGAUCUCCAUUCAUAUUCGCAACAGGUUCUCUUCCCAUAUUCAUACACUUGCGCCACUGAGCCGCCCAACCUGGAAAACUUGGAGGAGCUUGCCAUGGGAAUCGCCAAGGCAAUCCGUCUGUCCAAUGGAGAAUUAUACUCGGUCACCUCCGCCUGCGAGGGCGCCGUAGCUUCCAAAGACGCCAAAGGACGUGAUCCCGUGUGGUCUCGAAUCGAGUCGGGCGGCGGGUCUGCCAUUGACUGGUUCUACCACGAGCUGGGCGCGCACUUUAGCUAUCAAAUCAAGCUUCGAGACACGGGGAGCUAUGGUUUCCUCCUCCCCAAGGAAUACAUAAUCCCCACGGGAGAAGAAGUAUUUGAUGCAAUGAAGUACUUUGGAGACUAUCUGCUGGGAAACAAUGGCAUUGAGAAGACGAUACCAGGCAAGUACAUGGAGGAAGAGGAGGACGAGGUGGAGGAACUAGGCGUCGCAGAUGUAGAAUUCGACGACGGCCAGCAAGAAACCUUUGAGCUACGGCGGCGCAAAUUCCGAAGAUGA